AAGACAGCGCAGCACGGCCCGGCUCAGAGCGCAGCGGGGCGGCUCCGCUUCACUUUAUACCCCCCUCCCUCCCGGUUUGGAUGUAACCUGAUCGGAUCGGAACUGCUGACUGACUGCUCGGUGCUUUGGUUGUUUUUGGUCGGUUGGGUGGUCCGUUGGUGGUCGUUGCUGAGGAGCUGGAGGCCGGGAGCAGGACUGAGUCUGCCCGGGCUGCUGCUGCCGUCGCUCGGUUCCCGUGGAGAGGGUAGCGGAGCCUACAGAGACCGGCUGCUGUCUCUCUCUCUUUCUCUCUCUUUCUCUCUGUCUGUCUCUGUAUCUGUCUCUCUGUCUCUGUCUGUUUGUGCGUUUCUCUCCGCGGUUGGACAAGGCUACACACGCGUUACUACACACGGGAUUAAGUGAUUAACGCUCCGGUACCGGGGGAGUUGGAUGUGUGUUUUGCCCCGCAGGAGUCUCCAGGAGUCCGGGCGGACAGAAGGGGCCGAUGGCGCAACGGUAUGAAGACCUGGCCCACUACGGGCUGGAGGCCAUGGCCGGAGUUUAUGGAGACCCUCACCACCAUCACCACCACCACCACCACGCUGCUGCAGCCGCCCGCUCCAUGCAGGCCGCCACCGGGCCAUUCCCUCCGCACCAGUACGCCCAGUCCAGCCACACCACAGCCGGGGACGCCGCCAAGAGGGACAAAGACGCCAUUUAUGGACAUCCGUUAUUCCCUCUGCUCGCACUGAUUUUUGAAAAAUGUGAACUGGCGACGUGCACGCCGAGAGAGAGCGGCGUUGCCGGAGGAGACGUCUGCUCCUCGGACUCCUUUAACGAGGACAUCGCCGUCUUCUCCAAACAGAUCCGGUCGGAGAGGCCUUUCAUUUCAUCAAACCCAGAGCUGGAUAAUUUGAUGGUCCAGUCGAUACAAGUGCUGCGCUUCCACCUCCUGGAGCUGGAGAAGGUUCAUGAGCUGUGUGAUAACUUCUGCCACCGAUACAUCAGCUGUCUGAAAGGGAAGAUGCCGAUCGAUCUGGUUAUAGACGACCGAGACGGAAACAAGUCGGACAGCGAAGACUUCCUCCGGUCAUCAGGGAACAACGGGGAUCAGCUCUCGUGGAACAGAGAUCAUGACGACGCUGCAUCAAUCCGCUCGUCCGGGACGCCGGGACCCUCCAGCGGUGGACACACGUCUCACAGCGGCGACAACAGCAGCGAACAAGGUGACAGCCUGGAUAACGGCAUGGCUUCUCCCAGCACGGGGGACGACGAUGACCCCGACAGAGACAAACUGCACAACAAAAAGAGAGGCAUCUUCCCCAAAGUGGCCACCAACAUCCUGAGAGCCUGGCUGUUUCAGCACCUCACGCACCCGUACCCGUCGGAGGAGCAGAAGAAGCAGCUGGCUCUGGACACCGGCCUCACCAACCUGCAGGUCAACAACUGGUUCAUCAACGCGAGGCGGAGGAUCGUUCAGCCAAUGAUCGACCAGUCCAACAGAGCCGUGAGCCAUGCAGGACCGUAUGGCCCAGAUGGUCAGCCAAUGGGAGGCUUCGUUGUGGACGGACAGACACACAUGGGAAUCAGACCAACUGGUCCUCUGGGUGGUGUGGGGAUGGGGAUGGGCGUGGAGGGACAGUGGCACUACAUGUAGCACCACUGCCAGCCCUGCCGCCAG